AUGCUUGACCCCCAGGUGCUGGAUAUGUGUGCGAGAGGCACCUCUCAUAACGUAGAUAUGUUAGUAGGCGAUAUUUACGCAGGAGACUAUGGAAAGGUGGGUUUGGAUAAGACGGUGACGGCCAGCAGUUUCGGUAAAGCCAUGCGCAACAUGACAACCAACUCAGGCGAUAACAACGCACCGGUAGAGAUCCCAAAAUUCGCAGAGGAAGACAUCGCCAAGUCGUUGCUGCACAUGACGAGUAAUAACAUAGGACAGAUCGCAUACCUACAGGCACAGCUGCACGGUCUCAAGCGCAUUUUUUUUGGCGGGUACUUUAUCCGCAACCACGCGUACACUAUGAACACUAUCUCAUACGCCAUCAACUUCUGGUCCAAGAAGAAGAUGCAGGCGCUAUUUCUGCGGCAUGAGGGCUACUUGGGUGCUGUGGGAGCGUAUGUACUACAUUCCGGUCGCACAGUCGACACAUUCAGGCGAGAGAGCUGGGCAGAGAACUUUGUAGUGCCUGGUUAUCAGUGGGGCAAUCCAGUAGCCCUGGAGCAGUUGUCAGUGGAUCUUAAAGCAUUCCCCUAUUUGCUGGACGAAGAGACGUACAAGGCAGACACAGUCGAUCUCAUGGUGGAUGCAGAUAUGCGACGGUAUUGGUUGGACUAUUUUGAAACAAACAAAACAAAGACGCGCGAUCGACUGAUGCAAUCCGAGUCCGCAAUGCCCAACAACAGAAAACACACUGAAGAAACACCGUACAGUGACCAAUGGAUCGGUAACUCGCUGGAGGAACGUGGCGAGAACUUUGUGGACAAGAUGACCAAGAUCAUCUCCGAUCUACGCACCACCCCCAACGCCUACGGCAAUCUGAGUGUGCGCUCACUGUUCCAGUUACAAGCUCAGGCGCAGAGGGACUGUGGGUUUGUCAGCGACCCAUGGAAGCAAGUCAAGGUGUCUGAGAACGCAAAGGCCUUGGAGUGUCUGCCAGAUCUGUUGCAUAAAUACGAUGCCAUCGAAAAUCCCAGGGAUAAACGCUCAGCCUUAAUCAAAGGUAUUCUGUCCGGAAAUGUCUUCGACUGGGGCGCAAAGGCUGUGGCCGGU